UGUACGUCCUGGAAUACAGCAACACUUCUCUGUCUCAAGAUAAUUGACUUUGGAAAGACAGAUUCAGCAGAAGAACGCAUUUAUUCCUCACUGUACUCGAGGUAAUCUGUUCACCAUCUGCAGGAGGAAAGAUUGACGUGAGGAACAAAAGAAUGCCUUUGACGGUUCUGCCUGUUCUGGGCCCGAUCUCUGUGUCGGAGAGUCUCGUGGCCAUUAUAACCAUAUGUGUGGCUUAUCUCCUCAUGCGCCUGACUCGCACCAAGAUUCCCGAGGGUCUUCAGAAGCUGCCGGGCCCAAAGCCCCUCCCCAUCAUCGGUAACGUGCUGGAAUUGGGAAACAACCCACAUCUCAGCCUAACCGCCAUGAGCAAGUGCUAUGGCUCCGUCUUCCAAAUCCAGAUCGGCAUGCGUCCCGUGGUGGUGCUCAGUGGGAACGAGGUGAUCCGUCAGGCUCUCCUUAAACAGGGUGAAGACUUCGCCGGUCGACCUGACCUGUACAGCAUGCAGUUCGUCAGCGACGGCAAAAGUCUGGCCUUCAGCACGGACCAGGUGGGCGUGUGGCGUACCCGCCGCAAGCUGGCACUCAGCGCCCUGAGAUCCUUCUCCACGGUGCCGGCCGAAACCUCGGCGUAUUCGUGUGCUCUGGAGGAACACAUCAGCAAAGAGGGUCUGUAUCUGAUCGACAGACUUCACAGCGUCAUGAAGAGCGCGGGAAGCUUCGAUCCCUUCCGUCACAUCGUGGUGUCUGUGGCCAACGUCAUCUGCGGAAUCUGUUUCGGCCGGCGCUACAGUCAUGACGAUGAGGAGCUGGUGGGUUUGGUCAACAUGAGCGACGAGUUCGGAAAGGUCAUAGGUAGCGGCAACCCCUCCGACUUCAUCCCGUUCCUGCGAUUCCUGCCCAGCAAGUCGAUGAAGAAAUUCCUGGACAUCAACGCUCGAUUCAGCAGCUUCAUGCAGAGGAUCGUGAAGGAACAUUACGACACAUUCGACAAGAACAACAUCCGUGACAUCACGGAUUCUCUCAUCGACCACUGUGAAGACCGAAAACUGGACGAGAACUCCAAUGUUCAAGUCUCCGAUGAGAAGAUCGUGGGCAUCGUCAAUGAUCUCUUUGGAGCUGGUUUCGACACCAUCAGCACGGCUCUCUCGUGGUCCGUCAUGUAUCUGGUGGCGUAUCCUGAGAUUCAGGAACGGCUGCACAGAGAGCUGAAUGAAAAGAUCGGAACGGAACGCACGCCUCGUCUGUCGGACAGAUCGGUCACGCCGCUGCUGGAGGCGUUCAUUCUGGAGAUCUUCAGGCAUUCGUCUUUCCUUCCCUUCACUAUUCCUCACUGCACCACUAGAGACACGUCGCUGAAUGGAUACUUCAUUCCCAAAGAUACCUGUGUGUUUGUCAACCAGUGGCACGUCAAUCACGACCCAGAGCUGUGGAAGGACCCGUCAUCCUUUAACCCCGAUCGAUUCCUCAGUGCUGACGGUACUGAGCUGAAUAAGAUGGAAGGUGAGAAGGUGUUGGUCUUCGGUUUGGGGAAGCGGCGCUGCAUCGGCGAGUCCAUCGGACGCUCUGAGGUCUAUCUGUUCCUGGCCAUCCUGCUCCAGAGACUGAAGUUCAGCAGUAUGCCGGGUGAAAUGCUGGACAUGACGCCAGAGUACGGCCUGACCAUGAAGCACAAGCGCUGUCAGCUGCGCAUCACACCGGUAGAGGGGUUCCAACUCAGUGGCGAGGGGGAGUGAUCCCAAAGAAGUGUCGUUGGAGUUGAGGUUGAGGUUUAUUCCGGUCUGGUUCUGGUCUGAUAAAACGCUGGCAGUGCCGAAUAUCGGAAAGAUGCUCUGAUGCAUUUUCCUUCAGUCAUUUCAGAGUCGUCUAUCAUGUACGUCUCUGUUUCACAUGCAGGUUGAUAUUCCCAGCGCAGACAAAAUAUUUGUGCUUGCCUUCACAGUGCAGAGUAACUCUGAGCUCUGCGUGUUCAGCUGCUGUUUAACUGUUAUAAGCUUUACAAAGAUUCCUCAUAUUACUGAGCGUCUGCCGGACGACAUACACUGAAGCUAUUUUCUAAUAUUUGAUUAUGAACUCAGAAUGUGAUCUUCGUGUAAAUAUACAGCUAUUAUCUCAUCCGUGUGUUACAUUUAUACAAACUGCUGUUUUUUAUUAAAGUGCGAUCUGGAAACCCAACAUUACUCCAGAGGACCUCAAAACCUUCUGUUUUGAAAGAAUAUAUUUGUUGUUGUAUUUACCUGACACUCUUUGUGCGGGUGAUUUUUGUAUAAUGAAGGAUUUGAACAUGUGAAGGAUUGAAGCUGUCAUGUAUAAAAUAAUUCCACUUAAAAUGAAUGUCUCACAUUUAUCCUGUGAGCAGGUGCAUUGUGUUUGCUUAGCUUAUUUAUGACUGCGAAAUGAAUAAUACAAGUUUUAAAUGCAAAUGUAAGAUUCCUCACAGCUUUAACUGUGUGAUUUAAGCAAUAAAAACUGAAAACGUGA